CUGUUUAGCGCCGGGAGCCGCGUCCCCACCGGGCAGCCCCCAUAUACACACCAGAACUCCAGGUCCCUUGUCUCCCCCGCGCGGGAGGACCCUAACGAGUCACAUCCGGAAGAGGGGUGCGAGGGGCGGAGCGCGCCCCGGAGGAGGAGACAGCACCUCCCCGCCGCCUGUCCGCGACCUGCCACUGCCGCCGCCCCUGUUGCAGAGCCCGCAGUCUCGCCUGAGCCCCACCAGCCAAGAGGCUGCCCGCAGGUGAUGGCGGACAAGGGGGCGGGUGCCCUGGAAGCUGCCGCUAGCCCACCGUCUGGGCCCGCGCAGGAGGGGUGCGAGCGCCUGGCCCCCGCGGCCUGGGUCCCGGGAGCUGGGGGACGCGGGGACCCCCACCCUGCAGCCGGCCCCGGGACCGCUCCACCUGCCCCAGGGCUCCGGGAAGUGGCCUCGGUGGCGACUGACCCAAGCCUGGAAAGCGGCCCCCACGGGGAUGAGACCCCAGAAACGUGUGGCGCAGAAGAGUGGGGGGCUCGGGCGGGGGCCGGUGGGAAGGCCGAGGAAGUGACGACUGAGGAGGGCGCCAUCUUCAUGGAGGAGGCGGCGGAGGAGGUGGAGAAGCAGCAGGUGGGGGAGGAGAGGCUGGAGGUGGGCGCGGAGGCACAGGAGGCCCCGAGGCCCCUAAACCUUGAUGGUCUCAUUGUGGACCCAUUGGAGGCCAUCCAGUGGGAGCUGGAAGUCCUGAGUGGCCAGGCCGACAGGGCCUACCUCUGGCUUGAGCGCAGUUUUGGGAGGAUGCGCCGGUUGCACCUAGCCCGGAGAAGCUUCAUCAUCCAGAAUAUUCCCGGGUUUUGGGUCACCGCCUUCCUGAACCACCCGCAGCUGUCAACCAUGAUUAGCCCCCGAGAUGAAGACAUGCUCUGCUACCUGAUGAAUCUGGAGGUGAGGGAACUCAGGCAUGCCAGGUCAGGUUGCAAGUUCAAGUUCCGCUUUUGGAGCAACCCCUACUUUCAAAACAAGGUGAUAGUGAAGGAGUACGAGUGUAGGUCUUCAGGCCGGGUGGUAUCCAUUGCAACUCGGAUCCGAUGGCAUCGAGGUCAGGAACCCCCAGCCCUGGUUCACAGGAACAGAGACACAGUGCGAAGCUUCUUUAGCUGGUUUUCACAGCACAGCCUCCCAGAGGCUGACAGGGUUGCCCAGAUCAUCAAAGAUGACCUGUGGCCUAACCCCCUGCAGUACUAUUUGCUGGGGGAUAGGCCCCUCAGAGCCAGGCGAGGCCUAGCAAGGUGGCCCACAGAGGCCCCACCUCGGGCCUCCAGGUUCCAGUCUGGCUGAGUCCUACAGAGACUCCUUUCCACCUCCUGUGGACCUGGGCUUAGGCCCACAGUGGGUGCCCUGCUGUCUGCCUUCUCUUUUGCACCCUUUGGCUCCUCUGGAUGUUCAGUGGACUCAGCUCCUAGACUGUGGCCUUCGUGGCCAAUCUCUGCAAAUUUCCAUGUGACCUUCAUGCUGUUCUCUGUCAACAUCACAUGACUGAAACAUGCCACUGCAUUUACUCCAGAACGUCCAGUGCUGUGCAUGUAUCCACCACCAUCUUCCUGGCCUGGCCCUGUCUGGGAUCUGGCCCUCACAAGGCAUCACCAGGAAGACCCGUGCCUCUCUGCCGCCUAGUGCUUCAAAGCCGCAGCUGGAUGGGCUUUGAGUUUGUGCUGGCUGCACUCAUGACGGCUCCCCACACUGGCUGUGGCUGAGACUCCGAUGGUUGGGGCAGUUGGUGCUGCCUGCCAGCCAGACCUGGACAUUCCAAGGCCCCAGGACCACAGGCCAGGUUACCACCAAAUGGACUGUUGGGCAUGGGCAGAGCAGGCCUGGGGGAGGUCUGGAGCAGGGAGCAGCGGGCAAGCACACUCUGUGAUUCCCCUGCUCUUCCUCCCCACGUUGGGUCCCUGCCGGGGCUUGCUCUUGAAGGCCUGCGCUAUGCCCCAUGAACGCCUGGCUCAUAAGUUCUGCCCAGGCAGCCAUCAGCCCUUGGCCUACUUCCAGGUCUAUAAGAAUCUCAAAAACUGUCUAUGAACCCUGCUGGGCCACCUGCCAAUGCACAGGAGAUCUCACAAUUGCCCAGAAGCUCUGCCAGGUUGGCGUAUCUGGGCACAUGGUCAAGGUGGCGGCAAAGAUGAGAUCCUCCAGGAGCCCACUUUCCUGAACCCUAUUUCUGGACCCACAGAGAAUCCAUACCCUUCACUGGCUCCCUUGCCCACGUGUUCUUAGCUGCCAAGUUGUGGAUGCUGGGAAUUGUGUCUACUUUGGCCUAGAUCUCACCAUUUUUCCUUAAAGUCGCAGCUCAGAAACGAAAACUGAAGAAGCAAAGUGUUUGCAAAUAGCUAAGAAGACAGACUUUCUUGAAUUCAUCUUUGUCUCCAGAAAGGGAAAGCUUGUCCUGUAAACUGCCAGGGCUCUCUUUGCCCCCUCUGCUCACUUGCCUCACCCCAUUUAGCAAGGCCUAGAAUCUUCAAAAGGUGGGCAGGGCUGCUCAGCAGUCCAGGAAGUCCUCAGGGGCAGGGAGAGUUAAUCAUUUCAUUUUACACGAUGUUCUUUUGGAGGAACUUUAGUCUCAACUCUUCUCCCUCCUCCAGACCCAGCCCCCCUGUGCCCCCCACCAUGGGUUGCAGGUUUCUGUAGGUACAAGGGCUGAGCUACUCCUCUCCUCCAAGUGCCCUCUGGGACUGUGGGCUGUCUCUGUUUUAUUUAGGAGGUGGUGGCCCCUGCCCACAUAAGGCCUGUCUUUUGCUCCUAGGACCUAGGAACACAAAAUAGUGGGGAGGGCAGUGUAACAAGCUGGAGCCUGUAGGAAAGGUGGGGUGGCAGGGGGCCUGCGGGGUAGAGGGAGCAGUCCCCUGAUUUUUACUAACUUCCUGGAUUCACCAAUAUGUUUUGUAAAUUGUGGGAAUGAGAGAGCACUACAACUUUAGAGUCUUUCCCUCCUAGUCAGGUAUGACCUUGUGUGUGUAAAGUUAACGCUAUAGGGUUUUUGCUGCUUUUAAGAACCGAAGCAUCCCCUUUUCUGUUUCCAGCCCACUGGAAAAUGGAGCUGUUUAGGCCUGUUUGUUGCUUUUAGUUGAGAACAUUUGUAAAACUGUCAAUGUAAUUGUUCUGUGUCACUCGGAAACUUAUGUGACUCUUCCUGAUUCUUAUCAAGUUGUGGCCUGAUACUAUACCUGUUCUUAGAAGUAGUUUGAAGAAGGUGGUUUUUUAGGACUUACCACGGAAGUUGUUACCAUGUUUUGUGAGAAUAAUCUCCAGAAUGGUCUUGAGGAAUCUGUGCCCUGGAGUCGUAUUGUAAUUGACAUCACUAUAACUGAUAUCGCUACUUCUUAACAAAUAUGCCCAGACUGACUUUGUCCAAUCCAAAGAGGAUUUGUGGCACUUUUGCCUUCUAUAUGCAUGAUGGAAAAAUAAAAACUUUUUGGUCUGGGGAAAAAA